GUUAACAGCGGUUCAUCUCACAACAAGAGGACUCAACACUAAACACACAGUGAAGAUGCUGUGCUCUCAUGGAUUCCAGUCUGCCUUCAGUCCAUUCAUGGGAUUGUACUGGCCUGUGCGCAGUGUGUGGCCAGGGGUUAAACCUCUUUUCCACCAGCAGGAUCUACUGCAGAGAAACCUACAGGAGCUCCGCAGCAGUCUGGAGCUGAUGGACAAACUUCAACACAAGAUCCUGGAGGAGACGGAGCCUUUCCAAUCCAGCGUGGCCGUGCAACCGCUUUCCUACCAGCUGGAGAAAGAGGGAGAGGACUUUGGCCUGACCCUGGACACCCAAGGCUUUUCCCCAGAGGAGCUGUCUGUCAGGCAGGUGGGCAGAAAGCUGAGAGUCAGCGGAAAGACAGAGAAGAAGCAGGAGGAUGAGAAAGGCUGCUACUCUUCAGUUCAGACGGGAGUUUGAUCUGCCUGAAGGACUGAACCCUGAAGACGUCACCUGCUACCUGGCUCCAGACGGGAAGCUCCACAUCCAGGCGGCCAAAGCUCCACGUGUGGAGGAGGCUGAGAGAGAGCUGACGGUCAAGAGGAGCUUGGAGGAGAAAACACAGCAGAGUGUGUGUUCACAGGCAGAAGGCAGCAGCACAGAGACACACAACAG